AUGACGAGAACUGAAGUUCGAAGUUGGCACAAAGGUUUUUCUCAAGGUCGCCCCUAUGAAAGGAGUAAUGAGGUUCGGAAGAAGAGGAAAGCUGAGCCCAAAUUGGAGGGUCCCUUUGAGAUUCCCGAGAAGAUCGGCACGGUGGCAUAUCGUUUGGCACUACCACCAAACUUGACAGGAAUUCACAAUGUAUUUCAUAUAUCCAUGUUAAGGAAGUACGUAUCGGACCCCACGCAUGUAUUGGAAAGCAAGCCCCUACAGAUUCAAUCCAACAUGACUUAUGAGGAGAUACUGACAAGAAUACUGGAUAGAAGGGAACAAGUCCUCAAGAACAAGACUAUCUCUUUAGUGAAGGUCUUAUGGAGUAACCACUCCGUGGAAGAAGCUUCAUGGGAAUUGGAGGAUAGCAUGCGGGAGAAGUACCCGUAUCUGUUUGAGUGA